AAUGAUGCAACUGCCAUUGGUCUACUAUCCCAGAUGAAGACUGUGAAAUUCAUAGGUAAAAAAUGAGAUUUUUAUUCUGGGUUAAGAAAGGCCUGUGUAUGUACUUAGAAGACUUUGUUAAAGUCUGAUGUUUUUAUUGACAAGUCUAGUGAACAAAUGAUUCAACGGCAUUAUGUUUCUUCUUUUUUCUGUAGGGAGUAUUUAUAUCCUGAAGAUGAUUCUUCCUAUCCUCACAACAAUCAGCAAAUGUUUCCAAGCUGGUGUAGUUUCAUUUGCCAAGAUUGUUCCUACACUUCAGUAUACCAAGGAACAACUCAAGCAAAUUUCUACCAACGAGACACCUAUCGCAGUGCUAAAACAGGUACACUUUAUCUACAUGUUUUAUUGUAACUGUAAUGUAUGUAUUAUCAAUGUAGUUUUAUAAGUUGUCAAGUUGUUCUAGUGAAAAUCAGGGUGAAAACCUGUAUAUUUCUUAGUUAUCAUAACAGUUACCGACAUAUAGUUAAAUAUCAAUUAUGCUACGAGAAUAAAAAACAAUUACGUUAUCAGAUUUUCUGUCAUUCUUCAUACAGGACUUGCAACCUGAAGGACGACUCCAACUUGUUUUGAAGGACUUAGGAGCAAGAGACCAGCCAGACCAGUCACUGCCAACAUCCCACCAAGAAACUCAACUCAAAAGCUUUUUGAAGAAGUAUGUUGGUGCCCUGACUGAAAACAUUGAUGCACGUUUCCAGGAGUCCUCUCCCGUACUUGAUUCCUUCAAGAUAUUUGAUUUACUUUCUGUUCCUGCAAAAACCGACGAUGGCUUCAGGUAUUGUCUACUUUGGGUACUUUGAUAUCAUAGUUUUAACAUUAAACAAAUUAGACCACUGUCUGGUUUAUGCUUUUUCAUUUACUGCUUUACAAUUUCUUUUUCUUAAAGUGAAUAUGGCUCCAGCAUGAUUAAGAAGUUGGCCGACCAUUACUUCCCAGGGCCUCAGCAUGCAGAAGACCACCAACCGCUUAUUGUGGAAUGGCAAAAGGCAAAAUAUGACCUACUGCAGUGGAAGGAAAAUGAUCUGCCACAAGCUAUUCGUCAGGGGGAAGGUUCAAUUACAGCCACUGAUUGGUGCCUAUCCAAGCUGAUGCAGCCACCCUAUAGAUCUCACUAUCCCAUGCUGUCAUUCAUGGCUGAAGUUUGUCUAAGUUGCCCAGUCAGUAAUGCUUGGCCUGAGAGGGGAGCCAGUGUCCUGAAAUGGCAGAAGAACAGGUUGCGGUCAAGAAUCAAAAAUGAUUUCCUAAACCCCUUGUUGCACAUUUCUAUCAAUGGGCCCAAACAACAGUCAAAGGAGUUGCCAUCCUUAAUCCGUGAUGUGGUUGCAGAGUGGCUGAAAGAAAAGGAUAGAAGAGAGCUUAAAAAGCUUCCU